UGACUUUACUGAUCGAUCAAUUGACCACACAACAAGCGACACCACAUCAACAUUAACACUGACAGGCCCGCUGUUGGAAACACUCUGUCACAAAUCCAUCAACCCUCAACCUCCCUCGAGUCUGUCUCUCCUCCCUCCCGACACUCGUCUGUUCGAUUGGCGUGUCCUCAGCUCGCGUCAACCCUCCUCUAUCUCGUUUCCCUAUCCCUUUCAAACACCUCCACUCUACAACUUCACAACCUCGCACGCUGCGAUACCCCCACCAGUCUAUGGUCGGCAAUUGAUAGCUAGACAAAACCCCAAACUCCUCGACUGCACCUGAGCCUUUUAUACCCUUUCCUCUUUAGCCGCAGUCCGACAGUCUCUCGAACAUCGCUCUUUCUGUGGUUGCAUGCGUCGAUAGCCACCUUUUCCUGAAAAUGUCGAUUCUCCCUGCCGAGGCGCAGGGAGCCCUGACUCAACUGCUACAAGCGCUUUCUUCCCCGGAGAACUCCCUUCGUGCUCAGGCCGAAGAACAAUUGAACAAUGACUGGACUACCAAUCGACCUGAUGUGCUCCUCAUGGGCUUGGUCGAACAGAUGCAGGCUGCUGCUGAUUCUUCAACGAGAUCCUUCGCCGCAGUCUUGUUCCGCAAGCAAUCCUCCAAAACUCGCAAGAGUCCCACCACGGGGGAAUCCAAAGAACUUUUCCUCACACUGAGCGCUGAAGCCCGCAUGGCCAUCCGCUCCAAACUACUCGAGAGCCUUGCAAGAGAACAGAUCCGCUCUGUCAGAAACAAGAUUGGCGAUGCCAUCGCUGAAAUCGCCAGACAAUACAUUGACAAUGGCGAGGUAUGGAUGGAACUUCUCGGCGCCUUGUUCCAGGCAAGCCAGUCCAACGACCCCGCCAUGCGCGAGUGUGCUUUUCGAAUAUUCGCCAGCAUGCCGAGCAUUAUUGAGAAACAACAUGAAUCUGCCGUGCAAGAGGUCUUUGGCAAGGGAUUCAAAGAUGAUAAUGUUGAUGUUCGUUUGGCUGCUAUUGAAGCCUUUGGCGCCUUCUUCCACUCCAUCACCAAAAAGGCCCAGCCUAAAUAUUAUGCCUUGAUCCCCGACAUUCUGAACAUCUUGCCCCCCAUCAAGGAAGCCGGCGAUACAGAGAAUCUGUCCAAGGCUUUCAACUCACUCAUUGAGCUUGCUGAAGCUGCUCCAAAGAUGUUCAAGAACUUCUUCAACAACCUUGUGAAGUUUACCAUCUCCGUUGUCCAAGACAAAGAGAUCGAUGACCAAUGUCGUCAAAAUGCCCUUGAACUCAUGGCCACUUUUGCAGAAUUUGCUCCUGUCAUGUGCAAAAAAGAUGCGUCUUAUACCACUGACAUGGUUACUCAGUGCUUGAGCCUCAUGACUGAUGUCGGCGUUGACGACGACGAUGCUGCCGAAUGGAACGCCAGUGACGAUCUUGAUCUAGACGAGAGCGAUCUUAACCAUGUCGCUGGGGAGCAAUGUAUGGACCGUCUUGCAAACAAAUUGGGCGGAGACGUCAUCCUCCCUGCCACCUUCACCUGGCUUCCUAGUAUGAUGCAUUCGGCUUCGUGGCGCGAUCGUCACGCCGCAUUGAUGGCAAUUUCCGCCAUCUCUGAGGGUUGUCGAGACCUGAUGAUUGGUGAACUCGACAAAGUUCUGGAAUUGGUUGUUCCAUCCUUGAGAGAUCCCCACCCGCGGGUCAGAUUUGCCGGGUGCAACGCAUUGGGCCAGAUGAGCACCGACUUUGCAGGGCCGAUGCAGGAGAAAUACCAUCAGGUUGUUCUGACAAACAUCAUUCCCGUGCUCAAAGCUCCGGAGCCUCGUGUCCAAGCUCACGCUGCCGCCGCACUCGUCAACUUUUGCGAGGAAGCCGAAAAGGCCAUUCUGGAACCUUAUCUAGAUGACCUAUUGAGUUCUUUGCUGGAGUUAUUGCAGUCGCCCAAGCGAUAUGUCCAGGAGCAGGCACUUUCGACCAUUGCCACGAUCGCGGAUUCCGCCGAAGGCGCUUUCAUCCGCUACUACGAUAUACUCAUGCCACUUCUCUUCCGGGUUCUUCAAGGAGAGCAAGACAAAGAGUACAGGCUCCUACGUGCCAAGGCCAUGGAAUGUGCCACUUUGAUUGCUCUGGCUGUUGGAAAGGAGAAAAUGGCUCAGGAUGGAAUCAAUCUUGUACAGACUUUGGGCAAUAUCCAGCAAAACAUCCAGGAUGACGACGACCCACAGGCGCAGUAUCUCUUGCACUGCUGGGGGCGCAUGUGUCGGGUUUUGGGCCGAGAUUUCGUCCCCUAUCUCCCAGGCGUUAUGCCACCUCUACUUGAACUUGCUUCUGCUAAAGCCGACAUUCAACUGAUCGAUAACGAGGAGGAUGCUCUUGAACAAGAAGAUGGAUGGGAGUUGGUCCCUCUAAAGGGCAAGGUGAUCGGCAUCAAGACAUCGACUCUGGAGGAUAAAAAUACGGCCAUCGAACUGAUCACAAUCUACGCUCAAAUCCUCGAGGCCGACUUUGAGCCAUAUGUGGCUGAUAUCACAGAACGCAUCGCCCUUCCCGGCCUGGCCUUCUUCUUCCAUGAUCCCGUCCGGGUUGCCUCUGCUAAAUUGAUCCCUCAACUCCUGAGCUCCAUCAAAAAACGAUAUGGGGAACAAUCACCACAGCUUAGAGAACUAUGGGCAAAGUGUUGCGACAAAGAAAUCGAGAUUCUCAGCGCCGAGCCUUCAAUCGAUACCCUGGCAGAAAUGUUCCAGUGCUUCUAUGAAAGUGUUGAGGUGGUGGGCAAGAAUUGUCUCACCCAAGAACACAUGGAACAAUUCAUUCAAUCAGUCAAAUCAACACUAGAAGAAUACCAGAAGCGUGUACAAGAACGCGUCGAGGAAAGAGCCGAGACUGCCCAACAGGGAGCAGAAGACGAGGACGAUUCCUUGUCGGUGCAGUAUGCAAUUGAGGAUGACCAGACUUUGCUGUCAGACAUGAACAAAGCCUUCCACACUGUCUUCAAGAACAUGGGAGUCAAUUUCCUGCCAGCUUGGCAAAGACUCAUGCCAUUUUACGAUGCAUUCAUCUCUUCUCCCGAUGCAACUCAGCGUCAAUGGGCCAUUUGCAUCAUGGAUGAUGUCCUCGAGUUUUGUGGCCCACAGUCCUGGCAAUACAGUGACCACAUUAUUCAACCGUUGAUCAAUGGUAUGAGGGACGAAAGCGCUGCUAACCGCCAAGCAGCAGCAUAUGGUGUCGGGAUCGCUGCACAAAAGGGUGGCGAGCAAUGGUCUGAAUUCGUGGCGGCGAGCGUUGAGACACUGCUUCAAAUCACCAGAGUACCCAAUGCUCGAAGUGAGGACGAUAUCUUUGCCACCGAGAAUGCUUGUGCUGCAAUUGCCAAGAUCUUGCACAACAACUCAUCCAAGGUUCCUAAUCCCCAGCAAGUGGUGGAACAGUGGGUUGACACUUUGCCCAUUGUGAACGACGAAGAAGCUGCCCCUUAUGCUUAUACGUUCCUCGCGCAACUCAUCGAUCAGUAAGGUUGAUCUUUUUUCUGUAAACGACAUGUGACUGACCAAACUCACAGGCAAAACCCGGCUGUUUUUGCCAAAGCGCAACAAGUCUUCCAUCACAUUGCACUAGCACUCGAGGCUGAGACGAUCCAAGGCCAGACUGCGAAAAGAGUUGCAGAGAGCGCUAAACAGAUGGUCACACAGACCGGAGUCAAUGCUGACCAAGUGCUUCAGACAUUGCAACCUGAUGGUCAAGCCACUGUCCGGAGCUUUUUCUCAUAGUAACAACUGACUUGGCUGAGCCGCUCUCGACAAGAACAUGACCGCACACCAUAUUUAAGGCCUCCCGUUCAGCGCAAAGUCAGACAACACUGGCACGGCCCAAUAUUCUGUGCUUCUGUCAACACAAUACUAUAAAGUGGAAUCAGCAAACGUCUCCCGAAAGCCGCCUCUUUCGGUGCAGCCCGCCAUUGAAAUCCCGCGCGGGUCUCAAUCUAUCUCCUCUUGUCAUUCACACAAGUCAUCGUCUGCCUAGUGUUGACAAUGUCACGUUCCGGACCAGCGAUAGUUUGAAUGGCAUGCAACUGAAGAAUGGGGUGAGUGCUCCAUAAUUGAUCCAGGAAGCGUGGGUUCGCAGAUUAUGGGGUUGGGGUGGGGAUGGCUUCGUUCGUAGCAGGUCGACAUGGAUGAUAAGGGGCGUUCGAUCGACGACAACGACAGCAAAAACAAUGAUAUCACGAAGGGUUUGAUGCAAUCCAUAUUGCCCGGUGGAAUAUCCUGACAUCACAGGCCAUUCGCUACUGGAUAAAUGGAUGCCCAUUUGAAAGAGAGUACGUGAAUCUUUCAAGUUGGACGACGAACAACGAAACCACGAUUUCCAUUCCCACCACAACUUGGAUGUUUGGAGUAGCCACAUCAUACUAUCUUUACCAUUACCUGUCUCAUGUGAAAUGAUUAGGUACUUUAUCCUGACUGCCUAACUAGCUAGACCCACCAACCUAGACAGAAGAAUUUUCAUUCCUCAUCUCCCUCAG